AUGGCCGAGCUGAGCCCCCAUAAUGUGGUGAUCAACGACCAGUCGGUGGCCGGGUACGAGUCCGCCGGCGUAAAUGCAUCCAUCCAAGACAACGAGUCCGCCGUGACUGGCUCGCGACCCGAAUCCACCCAACACCAACCACCGCCGUCACACGCCCACGACGCGCUCUCACUAGACCCGGACUCGUCCCACGAUCACGCACACCUCAACGGCACCAUCAACAGAGAUGUCGACAAUGCGACUCCCGACCACCAAGGCUCUGACACGGACUCCAGCCGUCCAGACGCUUCCAAGCAAGCCCGUUCUGGUUCAGUCAAGAAGCCUCUGUCAUUCAAGCCUGUUUCUAUCACAAAAUCCUUCCUGGCAAAGACGGCUACAACUCCUGGAAAUACCCCUCCUCCUGUCAAGGUUGCCGAAAAGCGUGCGCCAACUGAACCCAACUUCCACAAGUUCAUGCUGACACCUCGANAAGCGUCUCCUCAAAUGGCCACACUACAGCUAAAUGCGAAGCCCCGUCUGAUUGCGAAAACCGGUAGCAGCGGUCUGCGCGACGUUCCCCGUGCUCGUCCAGGCGAUGGCACGAGCACACCGAAUGGUAGGACUGUGUGGAACAAGAACCAGCGUCAGUACUACCCGCGCAACCACGCCUCGUCGCAUACUGACCACAAAGCAGCCGCACCACCUGCCCCAGCCAAGCACUACACUGACGAAGAACUCAAACAAAAGUAUGGAAUUCACCUGGCCACACGUCUAGAAUCAGAGGAAGCGACUGAGCAAAAGGCAAAGUGGGCCGACAUCGAUGAAGAUGAGGAAGAGUGGACGCCCGAGACGGUUGAAUGGAUGGACGGAACCAAAACCACUAUCAGUCAUACGGACGCUGUCCCUCCUCAACCACAAGAGAAACCUGUGGACAAGCCGCAAGAAGAGUUACCUCCUACUGCCACUUCUACUUCGGCAGCCGUCCCUGUCAAGCCCUCCAUGACUGCGCUAAAGCGUUCGAACCUUGCCGCACAAUCGCGCACCAUCUUGAGACCCGGAGCUGCACAGCAAGCCAAACAGAUUGGCGCUGAUGGGAAGGCUACUCCCGACAACAAAUCACCUAUGCUGAAGAAUACGGCACCUGCACCCAUCAAAUCGCCUUGGGCGCCUCUUCCCCCUGUCGAGAAGGCUUCUCCGAUCACGGUCAAUCCUCCUCCACCCGCACAGGCUCCUGCCAGGUUCGCACACAGAGAUGUUCAUGGAUUUGACGCCUUGUCCCAACCACUACCUGCACGUGAGAUGGCCACCGACACCUUUGAUCGUUCCUGGAAGGAAGGUGAGAGAACGAAUAGAGAACUUUUCAACUCGCAAUCGGGUCGUUACGAGCCAGCCCCUGAACAUCGUAGGGGCUCACGCCAGCAAGACCAAUAUCAAAGGCAACCCGCAGUCUUACAACGACCCACUCCCGGAGGCGGUCCUGCAGAACCUUCGGCUGCUUUCCAAGCCCGUACAAAUUCUCAGGGGGAUGCCAGUUCCUGGGGCCGUAGAAGGGGUUCAAGCAUCAGUGGAAACAUGCUUCGUGAUAGACGCAUGUCUUCUUCUAGCAAAGUCUUUGAUCCAGCUGAACCUUCUCCUGACAUGGUGCCCGAAGCCAAGCCAGAGGUUCAGCCACCGGUUGAAUCUUCUGAAGCACCGAUACACCAGACUGAUGGUGCCGCGCCUAGUGCCUUGUCAAUUGAGGAAGAGCGCGAGAAACAAAAGAAGCUCAUGCAAGAAAAGCGCGAAGCAGCAAUUCGACGCAGACAAGAGGAAGAAGCACGCGAGGAAGCUGAGAGAAGAGAGAGGAUCAGAAAGAAGAUGGAGGCCUUGGGAAUGCCCCUCGAAAAGACGCCAUCUCAAGACAAAACCGAGAAGAAGCAGCCCGAAGCGCAAAAACAACCAGACACACCCUCCGCCGCUAUUUCCAACGCGUCACCGGAGAAAGUUCCCGCUGUCGAACCUGUCGCGUCAAGUGAAGAAUCACCGCGCACAGAAGCGCACGCGUCACCAGUCAAGCAACUUUCACCUCGAAAGGAGAAGGCGGCCGACUCUUCACUCUCGUUCGGUCAAAACCCGACGCCAAUCACCCGCCCUGCGCACAAGACUCUUUCGUCACCUCAAUUGCCUGGGCUCCAACAACACUCACCUAAUGGUCCGACGCGCAGCCCUUAUCAACAAUCAUCCUUGCAAGGCAUGAACACGCCAUCCUUCUCAUCGCCCAGCGAUCAGAAGGCGCAACCUGCGCGUCUGCCAUCGAUCUCCAGCGGCGAUUCAUUCACAACCACGCCGUGGGGCAGUGCCAGCAUGACUUCUCACACUGCACCCGCUCUUUGGGGUCCUCCACCUAGCAACAACAGACACAUUGGAAAUGGCACCUUUGACGCAGGCUAUUCGAGCAUCUCACCCAGCUCGCGCCCUCAACCUCAGAAUGCGCCGUUCACUACGCCCUUCAACCGCUCGUACCCCUCGCGCGUGUCGCCCAAGGCGUUUGGUCAGCCCGGAUCCGCGCAGUCUGAUCCCAUGAACCAGCAAUAUGGUCCUCUGUCUACUCUCGACUCGCGCAUUCCCGAGCCCACCGGUGCCUCGGCGCUCGCCGGCGCAUCGCCUUUGCCCGAGCCCGCCCGUCUGGCCUACCCUGCCCCUAUUGCUCCCCCACAANAAGCCGCCCCUCGCCAGCAGCCUCUACGCGAUACUUCGGCAUGGAUCAACUUCUCAAACAAUGCUCAAGCAGCCAGAGACGAUGCGCAGACUGCCGCGCGCCUCCAGAACGAAAGAGCAAAGCCCACCUCGCCCCAGCAAUCCCAUCACGCCCAUUCCAACUGGACCGUCACCGAGACUUUCAGACAGACACGAGGCAGCGAGAACCGUUGGCUCGAGGACGACACUCCUACACGCACUGCGGCAAAAGUUCCCGGCCCUCAUAGAGCCGGCGCAAUUGGUGCUGCACGCCCAGGCCCUCACAGAACCAGCCAAAACGUGCCAGGUCCUCACAGAUCUAUACAAGUUGCGCCAGGCCCUCAGUCACCCAUCGCCCAACAGUCGAUGCAUCAUCCUCCUCCCCUANGUGAUGAACAGCUACACAUGCCGGGUGAAGGCAUAGUUCGUCUUCCCACCGGUCCCUCCAACUUCUCGAGAGCCUUCGGCAGCCCUAGAAACGUGUCCACUGGCGCAACACUGCCCCCUAUUGGUGCAUUCGUCAGCAACAUCCAGCCUCCACCUCUUCCCGUACAGCCUUCUACCCCUGGUGCAGCUCCGCAGCAGUCAAGAUUCUUCCCUUCGGCUCUCUACGGCGGAUCUCCACCACCUGAAGAGGCUGACCACCCUGUCUUUGGCGGUGACUCAAGACACCCUCUCGUCAAUCUGCCGGUUCCAAAGCCCAAGGUCAAGCUGCCGCCUGCCGCUAUCACAGAUCGCGAGCACCCCAGCCCAGUCACCAUGCCUCGAAGCGUGCACUCAUACACUGUUGGCGCAAGACCCCUUGUUCAGAAUCAGGACUGGCAAGCCAGGUUUAACGGACUCUUUGGCAAAGCUCAAGUCACGACCACGACUCCCCCUUCACCACCCAAGACGCCUCCAAAGGUACAAGCUCCCGCCCCUGCCGUCGCGCCCGUCUCUAGGACCAGCUCGGAUUUCGUCCUCGCGCAGAGUGCAACCACUGUCUCCCUGCCGAGAUCAGCCUCUCCCGCAUCUACUUACACCAAGGUUGUGUCCAAGCCUGGUGUUGACGACAUUUUCGAUGGAGAACUUAGUUUCGGCUCCACUCCUACAGUCCACCUGCCUCGUGGCGUCACAUACUCUGAGCCCCCUGCCACCCUGUCCACAGCUGUGAGACCAAACUCGAAGUAUCACAAAUUUGUCGACUCUCAGUCAAAGCGCAUCAUGUUCUUCCCCGACCAUGCCAUCCAUGAUGUUACAGUCCAGAUCAAGUUACCUCAACCCUGGUUUGUCGCCAAACAUGUGAGCAUGGAACGCAAGAACAAGGGAGCACAAGGCCACAAGAACUCCAGCAGACCAAACAACAAGAACAAGCGCAAUGCAUCGAGCAACGUCAAUGUAGACUCGCCUGACGCUACAACAGCUUCUGCUACCGAAACUGCCAGCAGCAAGCCCCAAAACACCGUUGUGCAGGGCGAUAAAGGCGCAAAGACGCCUUUGGCUGAGAACACUGUGCUCGCCAACACUGAACACACCGGUUCAAAGAAGACCAUGUGGCCCAAAGUGCCCAAGGGGCCUCGUGGCCGUGGUGGUCGCAGUGGAUACAGAGCACAAGCCUAA